GAGAUCUUCGAGGUGGAGGAGGCUGUGGCCAUGCAGUCACAGACCAUCAGGCACAUGGUGGAGGACGACUGCGCCGAUGGCCCAAUACCUCUGCCGAACGUGACCAGCAACAUCGUAGCGAAGGUGAUCGAGUACUGCAAGAAGAAACAUGAAGAGGAUGCCGAUGGCGAGAAGAACAAAGAGGACAUUAAGAACUGGGAUGCUGCGUUCGUGAAGGUGGACCAGAGUACUCUGUUUGACUUAAUCUUGGCUGCAAACUAUCUCAAUAUCAAGAGCCUGCUGGAUUUGACCUGCCAGACUGUGGCGGACAUGAUCAAGGGAAAGACACCUGAAGAGAUCCGUGAGAUCUUCAACAUCAAGAAUGACUUCACGCCU